AUGAUCAGAGGAGCAGAAAAAUGGGAAGUUGAAGAGAUUGUGAAGGAACAAAACGUCAGCCGAGGAAAGCAGUACUUGGUUAAAUGGAAGAGAUGGCUGCAUAGCAAGAAUAUCUGGGAACCAUUACAUCAUUUUACCCACAUGAAAAAGGUCUUCAGAGCUUGGCAGAGGAAACAAUCCAACUCAGACACAUGCAUUUGUCUCCUGCCAACGCUUGAAGCUGGACAUUGGGACUAUCUCAUCUAUUGCUACAAACCCAAAGAUAAGUGCCUCCUAUAUCCCCAACAACAACUGUUUGACCCUUAUGAAAAUGUCCUCACACCCAUUGGCCUAGUCAAUGAGGACAUUAACCCUAGAGAGGGGGUAAUGCCAUAG